AUGAAGAAGCUUUGUCCCAACCUUGAUCAUGAAUAUGGACUUGAAACCGUGCUUGAAGUUCCUAUCCCAGAAGAGAUUUUCAUCAGCAAGAGUGGAAACACAUGGAAAAACAUGAAGCAAUGGAUAAAACCAAACAAUGAAUCAAGAUCGUCACGUUUUGAAGAUCCAAACACAAGUAUUCAACUAUUGCUUGGUGUUGUUGGAGCUCCAUUGAUUCCUUUCCCUAUCACCAAUGAGUACAAACCCAUCAUCACUCACAACAUUAAAAGUCAUAACAUUGAGGCCGCAAUGGCGAAGUAUAUAGUGAAACAAUACGUGGCGGCGGUGGGAGGGGAGAGUGUUUUGAAUAAGGUUGAGAGUAUGUAUGCAAUGGGGGAGGUGAGAAUAGGGACAUCAGAGUUUGUGGGAGGGGAAGGGGGUGUGAAUAGCAAGAAGAUGGUGAAGAAGUUGAAGAAAGUGGAGGUGAAAGAAGAAAUGGGAGGGUUUGUUUUGUGGCAAAAAAGACCAGAGUUGUGGUGUUUGGAGUUGGUAGUUUCUGGGUACAAAAUUAGUGCAGGGAGUGAUGGAAAAGUGGGUUGGAGGCAAACACCUUGGCAUCAUUCUCAUGCUUCUAGAGGCCCACCUAGACCCCUUAGACGUUUACUUCAGGGUCUUGAUCCAAAGUCUAUAGCCAAUUUAUUCAACAACUCAACAUGCAUAGGAGAAAAAACAGCAAACAAAGAAGAAUGCUUCAUUCUAAAACUCGAAACAGACUCAUCUUCAUUACAAACAAGAAGCUCUAACAACAUAGAGAUAAUUGGCCACACAGUCUUGGGCUAUUUCAGCCAAAGAACAGGACUUUUAGUUCAAUUAGAAGACACUCAUUUGAUCAAACUUAAAUCCUCAGAAACCGAAUCCAUAUUUUGGGAAACAAACACAGAGUCAAGCAUACAAGAGUAUAGAAUAGUGGAUGGUAUUCAAAUAGCACAUGGUGGGAAAACUUGGGUUACUUUGUCGAGAUUUGGUGAAGGACCUGAGAGUCAUUCAAGGACAAGAAUAAAAGAGGUUUGGAAAAUUGAAGAAGUGGAUUUUAAUGUUAAAGGGUUGUGUAUGGAUUGUUUUCUAGCUCCAAGUGAUUUGAAAAGAGAUGAAGAAAAAGAGGUUGUUUCUGUUAGUAAUGGUAAAUUUCCAUAUAGGAUUCAAUCUGGUUCUUUUAAGAUUAGUGGUUCUAAAGUAGCUGAUUUUAAUGUGGUUGAUUCAUGUCUUGGUGAAAACAUUCAAGAUAUGUAA